GGCAAAAUUGACAGUUGACGAUCUUUUUUACGAUAAAAAAAACUAAAUGUUUUUUUUCAUACUGUGUUGUGAACGAUAUGUUUGAAGAGUUCAAAUUUUGAUUUAUUAAAUUUUUAUCUUUAAGUUACUAAUUAGUGAAAAGUGUUAAUUUUUCAGUGAAAGUGUUGGAUUUUUUUUAAAUAUGACGCCUGCGCGUUGUUUGUUCCGUGGAUUGGUUCUACUGGCUGUAUUAAUAGAAGUAGCGCAUCCGAUAUGCGUGCUAGAGUCAGACUUCGGCUUUAAGAUCAACUGCGCGUUCAAGAAAUCCGGCCUAUUCAGAGUGCGGAACCUGGGCGGAGUGAAGGCGCACGCUAGCAUCGGGUUCAGCCUCGGAGACGAGCUGGGCUUCGAGCAGUCUCUCACCAACUUGGACCCGAGCCGCCGCCGCUCCGUCAGCCUCAAAGCCGGCGAGCCCAACCUGGUCGACACCACCAAGCCCACGGUCAAACAGGAGAAACGCGGCAAACAGAACCGGAUAAUGAUGCGACCCAUGGUACAGCAGAGUCGGCCCAAUCAAGCGGCAAUGGACAAGCUGUCCACUCUCCAUCGACGAGUGGCCAGCACCAUGCAGCCGAUUGUAGUAGCCGGGCCGACGGUCGACAUGCCAGUGUACGCCAGACAGCAGCCCGGAAUCACCAUAGCCAAGCCGAUGAAGAUGGGAGUCCCGGCAUUCAAACCUCUCCCGCCCAAGGACGAGACCCUCAAAGUCCUCCCUCUCGCCACGACGAAGAAGACCUACACUCCUCUCCAGCUGCCCCAGGGCCCAGGGAUCGUGUAUCCAAGUGAGAACACUUACGUAUCAAACGGGGUCGUUCAGUUCAAACCGAUGCGCAUUUCGCCAAUGUCCUCAUCUCAUGACUCAUCCAGGCUAACCGUCAACCCAUUCCUCCCAUUGCCACCAAACACCAUUUCGCUCAUUCAAUCACCCGCUUUCGCACCUAACCCUCACUCUUCUCCAGCCGAUCUUUCUUUUGUAGACACUGUUCCUCAUCGAGUGCACGAUUUGGCGAACACGUACCCGGCUUACAACACCAAGAAGGUGGACGAUUACAACACGAUAAGCGGGUACAGCGACGACACGACUCUGAAGCUGGACAAAGACGACAUAAACGCGAAGAUAGCGGAGAUUGCCAAGGCGGGGAAUAUCUCGAUGGAGGCGGUGGAGGCGGCGAUAGUGCUGAGGCAGCAGCAGCUCCUGAACAAGUACGCGAAUAUUGCGACUCCGACCACGACGACGACGACGGAGGCGCCGGUGUUCCAACUGGAGCCCGAGCCGGAAAUCGUGGUGGCACCAGUGCCGCAGAAACCGAAGAGAAAUAACAACCUCACAGGCGCUAAGGUCAUGAACGCACCCAAAGAGUACUACCCCGUGGGCUAUGAGAAGAACUUCGAUGACCAUUUCCAGUCCAAGGUCGACCUUCCGGAGACCAGCUUCCACUGCGGAGACCAGAAGUACUUCCCUGGGUUAUAUGGGGAUGAGAGCCUGGGAUGUAUGGUCUUCCACGUGUGCGCUUUGACCGACGACGGCCUCGUCAUGAAGUCUUUCCUCUGCCCCGAGUCCACGCUCUUCGACCAGACCAUCCUCAAAUGCAACUGGUGGUUCUAUGUCGACUGCAAGAACACUGUCAAACUAUACGACACCAACAUCCCCGUUUCCAAGAGCUACCAGCUGAUGAAAGCGCUGACGUUCUUCUCGUCGUACAAGAAAGAAAUGGAGGAGGACAAAUCACAAAAUGGAGACGUCGAACAGGGAGUCAAAGAAGCCAUCACCAUACUAGAAAACCAAGACAACAAACCAGCCGCGAGCAACGUAGAAACCAUGUUCGUAACGCCCCUUCCAGUCAUCGACGAGAGACAUAGUAACAGCAAAGACUACUCCAGCGUAGUAGCCACAGAUGCACCGGUCUACCGUGGCAGUAGGAACUUCAAUCAGACGGAAAAGGUUAGAAGAAAACCAGAAAGUCAAGAAAGCCUAGUCACAAACGCCAGCACCAACUUCUAUAGCAUAUCUAAUAACACUUCAGCUGAGAGUUCCGAAGGAAGUUCAAAGAGGAAAAGACAAAGAUUGACGUACAGAAGAAACUCACAUUCAACAACAGCUAGAACAACUAUAAGACCAAAUACAACAGAAGCGACCACGACGACAACGACGACAACGCAGGAACCAACAAGCCAAGAACCAACCAGAACUGAAAUAUCAGUAGUAACAGAAUCACAAUCGCAAACAGAUAGACCGAUACUAUCAACACUGAUGACCGAAACGAUGACCCAAGCGAAACUCAUCGACGAAAUAAACAAUCUAGAUAAAAUAGAAGCUACAAUUCCAACAGAAACUGAGAGUUCUCCAGUCAGGAGAUUCUACCGAUCUAGCGCAGAAGUGUUACCAGAAUUCAAGACAGUAGGGAACGAGAAAGUGCAAAUAGUUAUGCCGAGUUCACGAGUACGGGACUACUAUCCCAAAGAAAGUUCGAGAUUUAAGAAGCACAUCGACAUGUCAUACGAUACACCAUGGCGUCCCAUCACAGACCGAUCAUAGUCCAAAUACUAUCUUUAGGGCUGCGGUGGAGCGGCGAAGAAUUCGAAAGCAAUGGAUAUCUCAAGAAUCCUAGAAAAUUUAGUUCGCUUCGAGGCGAUUGUGGUCUUGGGGAUUUGUAUUGCGCCCUUCGCCACCCCACCCCCAGCGAUUAGUCAAUAACUAAUGUAGGCCCGUGUUAAUAAACUGCUCUUACCGCUAUGCUCAAGAUCAUUCUUGAGAUGCUGUUUUAGUAGAAUGUACUUCAGUAUCGUACUCAAGUGUAUCAAAUAGUGUCUUCUUCGUCGGCAGCUGAAAACGAUUUCUUAGCUGUUUCUUGAGUACGUUCAAGCCUUGACUUACAUGCUUGAGUCUAGACGCUCUCAAGGACAUUGCAGGUCUCUGAUUAAAGCACUGAGUGCCUAUCAGCGAAGAUUUGUAUCGAGUACAAGUAUAAGAGCGGUUUAUAAGUACGGAUUAAUAAUUUAGUGUCAUAUAAACUUGUUAAUUUAUUUAUUUCGGAUACGUAAGGGUUGACGAAUGUAUAUAAUGUUGUUUGCUCAAUUUUUACGUUAGUCUAUCAGUCAAGUGAUAUUACGGUGUAUGUUGUUUAGAA